UCUGUUCGGCCGCGUCGUCGACGUCUAGGACUGCGUCUCAUCUCCAAACGUCAAAAUUCAACGUCUCAGCUGGAUUCCACUGCAUCAACAUCGACUGCGUCCGUGGUCAAUCAUGAACCUAUUGGUUGCCCGAAAACCCCUCGAUUUUCGAAAGAUUCAGCAGCGUGCUGUGCAUAUCCGAUCGCGAUUUCCAGCACUGCUGAGAAGCAUCCAGAAGCUGGGACGGAAUUCGCGAUCGCCACAAGUCCGAAUGCGAUUCAGGUAACUAGUCCGGGGACUCCUCCGGACCGCUUUUCACCAUCAUGGGUAAACACAGCGUGA